AGCAAAUAUGGCGGCCCAGGUAGCCGAGGGUGUCGCCGACUUGAAGUUGGACGACGCAAACAGCAAGCCAGCCAACGGCGCAACACCAAACGGCGAGAACGCAGACCACGACGACUCGGACAAUGACGACAACGAGGCCGACGACGGCGCCCCCGAAGCCGGCGAGGGCGCAGCCAAGAAAAAGAAGAAGAGAAAGCCCCGCAAGAAGAAGAAGGCCGGCGCCGGCAACGCAAGCGACGCCAAAGUGCAGACGGCGCCGCCUCGCGUGCCCAUUGCCAACCUGUUCCCCGGCGACGCAUACCCCGAGGGCGAGAUCUGCGAGUACCGCGACGAGAACGCGUUCCGCACCACGAGCGAGGAGAAGCGCCACCUCGACCGCAUGAACAACGACUUCCUGACCGAGUACCGCAAGGCCGCCGAGAUCCACCGCCAGGUCCGCCAGUGGGCCCAGAAAUGGAUCAAGCCCGGCAUGUCGCUGACGGAGAUCGCCGAGGGCAUCGAGGACUCGGUGCGCGCCUUGACGGGCCACCAGGGGCUUGAGGAGGGUGAUGCUCAGAUUGCGGGUAUGGGCUUCCCUACGGGCUUGAGCAUCAAUCAUUGCGCUGCGCACUACACGCCUAAUGCGGGAAACAAGAUGGUCCUCAACUAUGAGGACGUCAUGAAGGUCGACUUUGGCGUGCAUGUCAACGGGCGCAUCCUCGACAGCGCCUUCACUCUGACCUUCGACCCCGUGUACGACAACCUCGUCAAUGCGUGCAAGGACGCGACGAACGCCGGUAUCAAAGAAGCGGGUAUCGACGUGCGCAUGUCCGACAUUGGCGCCGCCAUCCAAGAAGUCAUGGAGAGUUAUGAAUGUGAAAUCAAGGGCACCACAUACCCCGUCAAGUGCAUCCGCAACCUCAACGGGCACAGCAUCGGCCACUACACCAUCCACGGCGGGAAAACAGUGCCCAUUGUGAAAAGCACGGACCAGACGAAGAUGGAAGAGGGCGAGACGUACGCCAUUGAGACGUUUGGCAGCACUGGCAAGGGCUAUGUGCGCGACGACAUGGAAACAUCGCACUACGCGCGCCGCGCCGACGCCCCCAAAGUCGCCCUCCGCGUCUCCUCGGCCAAAACUCUACUCGCUUCCAUCACCAAGAACUUCGGCACCCUGCCCUUUUGCAGACGCUACCUCGACCGCCUCGGUCAUGAUAAGUACCUCCUUGGCCUGAAUAAUCUCGUCAGCGCGGGUAUUGUGGAGGCGUACCCGCCGCUGUGCGAUGUUAAGGGGAGUUAUACCGCGCAGAGUGAACAUACGUUUCUCCUUAGGCCGAAUGUUAAGGAGGUUGUUAGUCGGGGGGAUGAUUAUUAG